AUGCCUCCACUUCCACCAAGAGACGUACCCGCGCUGCAGUUUCACAUCCGACCCGCGACUCCUGCUGAUAUCGGAUCCAUCCUUCGCCUGAUCAAGGACCUUGCGGAAUAUGAAAAGGAGCCCGACUCAGCCAAAGCGACCCCCGAACUUCUGCAAGCAAAUUUGUUCGAUACAGCAUAUGCACACGCACUACUUGCAUUUCCGGGCCAGCAUCCGGAUACCUAUGCAGAAACAACCUCGUCCACCGCUCCGGAUACACCGUCCUCCCAUGAGGAAGCAGUAGCUCAAGAUCCUCUUGGUCUUGCUCUCUACUUCUUCAACUUUUCGACUUGGACAGGAAAGCCUGGGAUCUAUCUCGAGGAUCUGUAUGUCAAACCAGAGGCUCGGAAUAUGGGUGUUGGCAAGGCUCUGUUUGCAGAGCUGGGUGCUAUCGCGCAGGAAAAGGGAUGUGCAAGACUUGACUGGUCCGUUCUCAAGUGGAAUACACCGUCGAUUGCAUUCUAUGAGCAGGUAUUGGGGGCAAAGGGUAUGGAUGAAUGGCGCGGGAUGCGCCUUGAAGAAGAAGGCAUCAAGGCUCUCGCCAAAUGGUCAAACCGAACACCAGCGGUGUAG